CUAACUUCUGAGGAGAAGGAGGCAGCAACUGGUGACAGGUUGGCAGCAGCUGGUGACAGGCUGGCGGCGGUGUGGAGCACGAGGGGUCGUGGUGGUGGGAAAGAGGUUGCGGGGAGCGAAAAGAACUGGCCGGGCUGCCAUCGGCUGUGCCCUCCUGGAAUUUUAGACCUCCCAUUUGUUGGUGGGGGGAGGGAGAAGAAAUCUGAGGAUUAGGGGGAGUUGAGGCCAGGGUUGGUCAGCCUGAUGGCUAGCAUGGCCGAUUGAGGAUGCUUUCUGCCCCCCUGGGGCACAGACCACCCACCUUGAGGCAGCCCCAGGCCUGGUGCUAUGGGAGGGUGGUGGGCUGGACCCCAACUGGCUGGUCGGGGUCAUCAGAGGGUGGGAAUCAAGCCUUGGAUCCACUCUCUCCCGCAGACCCGCCUGGAGGGCGGGGUGGUCCGGGCCCUGCCCUCAUAAAGCUGGGCCCCUCUGCUUCUUCCAGAGCCCAGCCCGGGUCCCCUUUCACCCUCAGCCCGGGACUCCUGAAACCGACGGAUUUUCAUCUCUCUCGGGGGUCAUGACGACCACCUCGGCGCUGCGGCGCCAGGUGAAGAAUCUUGUGCACAAUUACUCGGAGGCGGAGAUCAAGGUGCGGGAGGCCACCAGCAAUGACCCCUGGGGUCCACCCAGCUCUCUCAUGUCCGAAAUUGCCGAUUUGACUUUUAACACGGUGGCCUUCGCCGAGGUCAUGGGCAUGAUCUGGCGCCGGCUGAACGACAGCGGAAAGAACUGGCGGCACGUGUACAAGGCCCUGACGCUGCUGGACUACCUCCUCAAGACGGGCUCGGACAAGGUGGCCCACCAGUGCCGCGAGAACCUGUUCACCAUCCAGACGCUCAAGGACUUCCAGUACGUGGACCGUGACGGCAAAGACCAGGGCGUCAAUGUGCGCGAGAAGGUCAGGCAGGUGGUGGGGCUCCUCAAGGACGAGGAGCGGCUGAAGCGAGAGCGGACCCACGCCCUCAAGACCAAGGAGCGCCUGGCCCUGGAGGGAGCCGCCAUCGGCAGCGCUCAGCUGGGCACUGGCCGCCGGCCCUCCCGUUACGGGGAUGAGUUCGGCAGGGUCCGGGGGUCCCCGUCCUCCUACAACUCCACAUCCUCGUCCCCGCGCUUGACCUCUGACCUGGAGCAAGCCAGACCGCAGACUACCGGAGAGGAGGAGCUGCAGCUGCAGUUGGCCCUGGCCAUGAGCAGGGAGGAGGCCGAGAAGGAAGUGAGGGCCUGGCAAGAUGAGGACUCCCCUUUCCCAAAUGGUGCCGGCCGGGGACGCCGGGACCAGGAGGAGGAGGAGGAGGAGGAAGAGCUGAAGAUCAACCAGUCCUCCGUCUUGGACCUGGUGGACAUCUUUGGUCCAGCGCCAGCCCCGCCCUCCACACACACCUCGGCUGACCCCUGGGACAUCCCAGGUUUCAAGGCCACCGUGGAGCCCAGUGGCUCUUCCUGGGGCCCAACAACUGAUCCCUGGGCUCCAGCUUCGGCCAGGGACCCCCCGAACCACACGGCCCUGUCCGGCAGCCAGACCUCAGGGGAGCCUUGGGGCCUGGCCCCUGCCCUCUCCUCCUCGGAGCCCUGGAGCCGUCCCUGCGUCCCGUCCUCAGACCUCUGCUCUGCAGACCCUUGGGCCAAAGCCUCCCCUCUGCACAAGCCCUCAGGUACAAGAGCUGAUGUCUGGGGUCCCGCGGUGGACACCUCCUCCCCACCUGGUGGCUCUGACUUCGACUUAUUCACCAAACUCCCAGACCCGACGGAGCCCGGGGAGAGGCCGGAAAGUGCGGGGCGGCCUAAUAGUCCUGGGGACCCGGACCUGUUCGGGGACCUCGUGCCGGGUCCCAAGCAGAAUGGCCGGGAGGAGCCCGGGCCCUUCGACGUCACGGGUCUGGCCAGCGCCCUGGCCCAGCCGGGCAGCGGCCCCCGAUCGGGCCGGACUCCGGAGUCUUUCCUGGGCUCCUCGGCUUCCUCCCUGGUCAACCUGGACUCGCUGGUGGUGGCUCUGCAAGCCCCGAAGGCCCGAAACCCGUUUCUGCCAGGCCCCACCACGCCGGCUCCCACCAACCCUUUCAGCCUGGGCGAGCCGGGCAGGCCCACCCUGAACCAACUGCGGACGGGGUCCCCCGGCCCCAGCCUGGCCCCCGGGGACCCCGCCGGCUCCAUGACCUACAGCGCCUCGCUCCCUCUCCCGCUCAGCAGCGUCCCUCUCCAGGGCGCCCUCCCGGCUUCCACGGGCGUCUUCCCUUCUCUGGUCCAGGCCUUGCCCCAGCCCCUGCUCCCCGCCGCCGGACCCGGGGCCCCACCUCCCCCGGCGCCCCAGACAGGCCCGAACCCUUUCCUCUGAGAGCCCCUCUCCCCACGGGGUCGCCCACCCCUCCGGCUUGAGGGCAUCUUGUCUGUCGCCCUUCACCACCUUCUCCGCGCUGCCGCUGGCCCUCCCCCGGGCAGCGGGCCCUCUACCGGGGCAGCCACUGCCCUCCGGGCCCACCGUGGGGUUCGGGGAAGGAAGGGGACUCCUGCCCGCGGGCCGAAUCCCGGCUAGCUCAACCGCAGGCGAGGGAGCGGCGGCCGCGGCCUGGCGCCGGGAGCCGCCCGGGCAGCCCAGCUCGGGCUCCCUCCGGGCCAGAGGAGAGCCAAGGCCGCGCCACCCGCAAGGAGAAGGUUCGAACCCCGUGGCCCCCCGCCCCGGGGCUCAGCCUGCUCCAGCUCACUGGACACCGCGCCCGCCCCCUCCUCCGCAGGGGUCGGGCGUCCUCUCGGGGCCACCGGAGGCCCCCCGGCUGCCUGGGAGCUGACCGGAAUCCCUCCUGGCUGCAACCUCUAGGCCCUCGGUCGCCCGGCUGGGUACCGCGGGUGAGGCCUCCCGCUGGGGAAGGCGGUUCCGGCGGCGGGGGCGCCCACAGAGGACCCCGAAGACGAAACUGACCGAUGGGUCUAUAAUAAACAGUGCUCCGCGAGGACA